CCCUAGCUGUUCCUCAAUUCUCCAGCUUCAAUGGUUCAUCCUUCGUAGAGAGAAACCGCUACCGAUUUGCGUGUUCAAUUCACUCAGGAUAACCAUGGAAGAUUCCUCCGCCGCUGCCAUGGAGGUCGAUGGAACGAGCGCGGUUGCAGUGCAGAAGCAGAAGCAGCCUGUUUUGUUCGCCCAAAAGCCCAACUUUCAACCCCUGAAAGCGCACGAAAUCUCCGACGGGCAAAUCCAGUUCCGGAAAGUAUCUGUGCCUCCGCACCGAUACACGCCGCUUAAGAAAGCCUGGAUGGAGAUCUAUACGCCGAUCUACGAGGAGAUGAAGAUCGACAUCCGGAUGAAUCUCAAGGCGCGCAGGGUCGAGCUCAAGACACGAAGGGACACCCCCGACAUCAGCAACCUCCAGAAGUGCGCCGAUUUCGUUCACGCCUUCAUGCUAGGGUUUGAUACGAUCGACGCCGUGGCGUUGCUCCGCAUGGACGAGCUCUAUGUGGAGUCGUUUGAGAUUAAGGACGUGAAGACGUUGAGAGGGGAGCACCUGUCUCGUGCAAUUGGGAGGUUGAGCGGUAAGGGAGGGAAAACUAAAUUCACGAUUGAGAACGCAACCAGGACCAGGAUUGUGAUUGCUGAUACAAAAAUCCAUAUCCUCGGUUCGUUUUCCAACAUCAAGGUUGCCAGGGACGCACUCUGUAGCUUGAUUUUGGGUUCGCCUGCUGGUAAAGUUUAUUCAAAGCUGAGAGCUGUGACUUCCCGUCUUGCGGAAAGGUUUUGAUAUUUUCUAAUAGAAAGAUCAUACAGCUACUCUGAGAUGUUUCGAUUGUGUUUGAAUUUGAAAUUUUGAGUAUUUAUUACUAUGAAUUUUUACUUGA